AUGCACCUUGUGCAACACGCCGUGAUGCGACCAAACUUUCAUAUCAUAAGGGAACGGUCUAUUCCGGAAGAUUUGGACACAGAAGAUGAUUUGAAAGAAGGGGAUGUCAACGAAACCAAUCAAUGCGGAGAUAAUUUCAACGAAGAAGCUGUCGACCAUGACUUAUCCGAUAAGACUCCUUUCAACGAAAACGACAGUCAUAGUCCUAUAGCAUUAUUGGAACGGUCACGUCUUGGUCAAUCUCUACUCCGUAAACUAGCCGAUGACAUCGAGGCGCAUUGUCCUUUGCCAGUCCCCAACAAACAACCCCUCAGGGAAACAACAAUUGUUCAAAAGCGUUAUUCUCGAUUUGAAAACCUACCGUAUGAAAUACGUUUCAUUAUAUACAGCUAUCUUGGCUGGCCCGAAUCAGGGAGGAUAUGGGUUCCUCUUUGGUACGAUCCAAACCUCGAGAUACGCGCCCAGGCAUCGAACGUCGAAUUAUGUCAAUAUGGAAGAUCCAUAGAGGAUCUCCUGACGUUCGAAUGUACGAAUAGAAUUACAAGUCGCCGUCUGUUCCCCCUUACAGAACCAGAGCCUGCAUUGCUCUCCAUCUGCACAUCGAUCCGAGAAGAUAUUCUCCGACGUAGUCUGGGAAGCAUUACGGUAAAGGCCAAGUUCGAACUGAGUCAUAGGAAUGUUUUAAAUCACAACUGUCAUAACUGCAAUGGCGAUGAUAUGCCUCGACCUCCAGGCGGUAAGAAACUUUUGCGAUUACCCGCCACGGUAUUCAGUUAUAUUACUUCCAUUCACCUGGAUCAUUCCGUCGGUUACCCAUCUUUCAUCGAUACGGCGGCGUAUGAUUCUUUCCCGGGUGAGCAGAAUGCAUUUUUGAGGGGCCGUUGUCUUCGAGUAGUUCCAGAACAUCCUCUUUACGCCAGAAGGGUAUUAUUGAAACAAGCAAGCACUAUAAAAUUUCUGUCGGUAUAUUGUCCCGCACUUGUCACUUUACGUCUGGAGCCGUACCUCAACAUGGUUCCGUUUAGUUAUCAGCAAUGCACAGUGGCAGAAGAGACAUUAAACCCCUUGACGAUUGCACUAGAAGAACUGGUAUCUGGAUGCCGAAGUUUGAGAACUCUGGAAAUCCCACGUUACCGGGAUUUUGAUCCAACAGUAGGGCUAGAGCCAUUUGAUCCGCGUACUUCGAUUAUAAUCGAGCGCUUGGAUCUAAAUGUCCCCGAGCUCGAAAAGAAGCAAUGGGCGAAGGCCUGGAUUGAGAAGAUUCUGGAUCAAUUAAACCCAGUCUGGCGCCCUACAGGUGUUACUUACUGA